AUGCUUAGAGACGGAGUCGUCGUAUCAAUAUCCAAAUCCUACCCCUCACCAACAGACCAAGCCUCAAUCAUCGAGCGAUAUAAGACCCUCCGACUGACAGGGCUCAAACAAGACCCCCAAUCCUUCUCAUCAACAUACGACCAGGAGCUCCAGUUUCCACUCGAGAAAUGGCUGGCUCGGAUGGCCAACCCCGAGGCCCGGACCCUCGUUGCCUUGAAAGCUGGUGUGAACGAGACACCAUCAACACCCCAAGACGACAUUGCCGCUCUUUUAUCAAGAGACUGGGUUGGUACUCUAACGACCAUGGGGCCAAAGAGUCUCCAGGCAGAUGAUUUCCGGAGCACCGCACCAUGGACCCUGUUCACCAACCCGCAUAGUCAUGCGCCAAGCCGAGGCGGGAGCAAAACAGGAUGUGUCUACAUGCUUGCGGGCAUGUUUGUUGUUCAAGAGGAAAGAAGAAAUGGACAUGGCCGCCGUCUGGUCGAGAAGGCUGUUCAAAACGCCUAUAACGAGGCGGAACAAGCACACGCCGACCGGCUGUUCGUGGUUGCCCUCGUCAACCCAGAAAACCAGUCGGCCUGCGCCCUGUACGCGGCAUGUGGCUUUGAGAUCUGGGAUGGCGAGGUAGCUAUGGAAGGCGGAGGUGCGAUCGAGACGUGCGUGGCGAUGGUAUUGGAGAAAGGAUUGACCAAGGGAGUUUCAUGA